CGCAAUAGAAAGACAAAAUGCAGAUAGAGUGAGCAAAUGAAGGAUUUCAUGAAUAUAAAAGCCAGCCUAGACCAAAUGGAGCUAUGCCAAGGAAAGAGAGGCUAAAAUAGUUAAGAACCAUGUCUUCCUCAUCCCCAAACCCAGAUGCCGAUAAGAAGCAUUUUGUGCUGAUUCACGGAGCCUGUCACGGAGCAUGGUGCUGGUAUAAGUUGUCAGCUUUACUAACCUCUGCAGGUUACGAUGUCACAGCCCUAGACCUAGCAGCAUGUGGGAUCCACCCAAAGGAGGUAAAAUAUGUACAGACCUUCUCGGAUUAUGCUGAGCCAUUGAUCAAAUUCAUGAAGACUCUCCCACCAGAGAAGCGCGUUUUCCUGGUAGGCCACAGCUUCGGUGGGCCCGUCAUAUCUAUUGCCAUGGAGAUGUUUCCUGAGAAAAUAUUGGCGGCCGUUUUCGCCACCGCUUUCAUGCCUAGUCCUACUUUCAGUUACCCUCAUAUAAUGGAGAAGAUGUUUGCUGGUGUGGAUUUGAUGGACUACUACCAUAGAUUUGAUAACGGACCCAACAAUCCUCCAACUUCGGCAAUUUUCGGGCCUAAGAUCAUGUCGUUACUAUUGUACCAGCUCUCGCCACCAGAGGAUGUAAAACUAGCAUCAUCCUUGCUGAGGUUCUGUCCUGUACUGACUCAUGAUGAAAUAAAACUCACCAAUGAGAAAUAUGGAUCAGUUCGUAAAGAGUUUAUUGUGUGCGACCAAGAUCUUAUAAUACCGGAGAAAUGGCAGAGGUGGAUGAUCGAUGAAAAUCUGCCGAAUGAAGUGCACGUGAUAAAUGGUGCUGAUCACAUGGUAAUGUUAUCUAAACCGCAGGAGUUGUUCUCCUGCCUCCAGGGGAUUGCUUCAAGGGAAGCAUCAUUAAUUAAUAAUUUUGUAGAAGAAGAAGAAGACACUUAAUUGAUGUAAUUAAUCAUCAGAGGAUGAAUAUUCUACGUCUUUUUUUUUAUUAAGUGGCAUGUACAUGUCACUAUUCGUUAUGUUGGAUGCAAUGGACAGAUGACAUCAUUUAAUGUAUUGAGUUGUUAGCUUUGUUAGAA